AGAGGAUGUCUUCUAAUUGCAACUGGCGUUGAUGGAAACAGGCGGAUUUUCCCGCUUGCAUUUGCAUUAGUGGAAGGGGAGAACAGCUUAAGUUGGGCAUGGUUCUUUGACCAACUACACGAACACGUGACACAACGGGAAGAUAUUACGAUUAUAUCCGAUCGACAUGCGGGGAUUAGGAAUGCUGUUGGUGGUUUUCCCGACGAGUGGGGAUGGAGAUGGAGAUGGUGUAUUCGACACUGGCUCGCCAAUUUCCAGCACAAAUUUGGGAAGAAGAAAGACAUCAAAAAUCAACUUUGGAAUGCAGCGGUUGCACAUCAACCAAAAAAGUAUGAGCAGAAGAUGAAAACAAUUCGUCAGACCCACCGAGCUGGAGCAGUAUGGGCUGAAGGUCAAGAGUUGCCCAUGUGGACGUUCCAUAUGGACAACGGGGCCAGAUGGGGCAUUGCAACUACCAACCAUGGAGAAAGUAUAAAUAAUGUGUACAAGGGUCUUCGAGCGAUG